UGGCACAGUGAGGGUGGGACUGACAUACAGGGCUGAUUAGAGGAGGUUGUAAAGGAAAUUCCACAACCUCCACGACUUCCUACAGCUGCCACAUUGUUCUGUUACAGUUAAAGCAAAACCAUGGACCCCGAGUACUUCAAAUCGUAUACCAUGAGUUGGGGCACCCUAGGAACGGUGCGACCCUACCCCAAUUUCCACUCUGACCGGGAUGCCAUGGAGCUCCAGGCGGCGCUGGAGAAGAAAGAUGCGGUGACUCUGGUGAGAAUCUUAAGCAAUCGGUCCAACGCUCAGAGACAACUGAUCGCCACGACCUUUGAAGAAAUAACACAAAAGGACCUGGCAACCGGUGUGAAGAAAGCUGUGGCUGGAGAUCUGGAGACUCUCCUGCUGGAGCUGCUGAUGCCUCCUCAGCAGCAUGAAGCUUAUCGCCUGCAGCAGGCCAUGGUGGGUCUGGGCACAGAUGAGGAAACACUGAUGGAGAUCCUGUGUACACGCUCCGCAAAGCAGCUGCAAGAAAUCAAUGCUGCAUACAAACUAUUGUAUAAGAAGGACCUGGAGAAGGAACUGAGCGGAGAAACCUCUGGAGACUUUGAAAAGCUUGUUUUGGCUUUGUUGAACAAAGAAGAUGUUGCCAGUGGAGUUCGAAGAGAUAUUGAGUCUCUCUCUGCAUCACUGAAUGGGAAAAAAGCUGACGUAGGACCGUGGAUUGACAUACUGACCUCCAGACACUCAGACCAUCUUGACAAAGUGCUGAUGGGUCUGGAGAUUCAGAGCGGACAGACGAUGGAUCAGGUUCUGGAGAAAAGGUUUUCAGGAGACUUUCGGAUUGGUUUGAAAGCUUUAGUACAGAGCAUUCAAAGCCCCGACGUCUUCCUCGCCAAAAGACUAGCUUCCACCAAGACACCAGUGAUGCAGGGGAUUAUGGUGUCUCACUCCGAGGAAGAUCUGCUGUGUAUCCGAGCUGCCUACCGCAAAUUAACAGGCACUUCUCUCUACACCGCUCUACAGAAACAGUUCAAAGGAAAUCAUCUACAGGCUCUGCUGGCCAUCUGUCGAUCUGAAGAUUAAAUAAAAGCUAUUGAGGAGCGAUGGUAAUACAAACAUAAACUUUAUGAUGUGUUGCUUUGCCUCUGCCUGUUUUAACGACUUAUACUAAUACAUGCAACUAAAUGUAACAAAAUAGGUGUUGGAUAUUUUAUGAGUGCAGUUUGGUUAUUUGUUUUUAUUACUUAACAUAUCUGCCACAGUACUUCCUCUUUACCCUGAUGAUGUACAUACAGUAUUCCUUUUUAACCAAAUGGAACUAAUAAACAAAGAAUAAUGGCAUCCAUUUUA